CCUCUGACAGACAUUUGCAGUCUUGUUGCUGACAGUCACACACCCACUCGCUCAAGAAUGGCAGGCAAAAAGGCAUUAGUAAUCCUCUCUAAAGGCGCGGAGGAGAUGGAAACUGUUAUACCUGUGGACGUCAUGCGUAGAGCUGGGAUCGCUGUGACGUUGGCAGGGUUGACAGGCAAAGACCCAGUGCAGUGCAGCAGAGACAUCUACCUUGUUCCUGAUACCAGCCUGGAGGAUGCCCGCAAGCAGGGUCCGUAUGAUGUGGUUCUUCUACCAGGGGGAGCUCUCGGUGCCCAGAACCUGUCAGAGUCCCCUGCUGUGAAAGAGGUGUUGAAGGACCAGGAGGACAGGAAAGGGCUGAUCGCUGCUGUCUGUGCAGGUCCCACGGCGCUCCUGGCACACGGUAUUGCCUACGGCAGCACGGUCACCACCCACCCUGGUGCUAAGGACAAGAUGAUGACUGGAGGCCACUACAAGUAUUCGGAGGCUCGAGUCCAGAAGGAUGGCCAUCUGAUCACCAGCCGUGGGCCAGGAAGCAGCUUUGAGUUUGCCCUGGCCAUUGUAGAGGAGCUCAUGGGGGCUGAGGUUGCUGCUACAGUCAAAGCACCCCUGGUUCUGAAAGACUGAGUGGUGUUGAGCGUCUCAAGCCGAAGCACUGCAAGCAGCAUUAUCAACUUCACCCCAACUACUCAGCACUGUUCAUCAUGGGACACAGGCCAAUCAUUGUGAACAAAGAAUAAUGGUUGACAGGAUAAUGUAUGAUAGUAAUAACAUGGAUUUUAUUCUUGUCUCCUUCUCUUUCCUUCACUGGGACAUGUUGCCCAUGCACUUUAAGCAUCAGUGAUUUGGGAUUUUGAAAUGGCUUAUUGAUUUGGGAUUUUGAGAUGGGAAAUUCACUAAUGUUCAGUUGUUUAGAUGUAUAUGUAAAAUAUAUAGUGGCCGUCACUGUCAAAAGCAUUAAAGUAGCUGAGUCAUUAAAGUAAACUAACUGAAAGAC